AUGGAGCACCUGCUCAUUUUAACAAGGAUGUUCGUAAAUAUCUUGAUAAAAAAUUUCCAAAUAGAUACCUUAAAACUGAAGUUUUCAAAAUGCCUCCUAAUAAUAUCAAAGAAUUGAAGCAACGAAUUAUUAAUAAAUGUGAAAAUAUUAUCUCAGAACAAUUAGCAAAU